UUAUGUCACUGGCUACUAUCUCUCACAUCCACAUGCAAAUGCAAGAGGUGGUUCCCUUAAUGAUCCAUUGCUUCUGUUAAAGAAUCCUUUGGUUUCUCUCUCUACCGACAUUAUCUCCCUUUAUAUCAGUUGUCCUAGGCAGAGUUUCUAAAGCAAAAGAAAAAAAAAAGAAAGCAAAGGGUAGGCAUUGACCCCUUUGCACAAAGGAAAAGAGGGGUGGUGUUGUGUUAAAAAAAUAUUGAACUUGGUUGGUUCUAAGUAGAAACAAAAAUUGUCAUUUUCCCAUUUCUGCAUUUUUGGUUUGGGAGAGGAGAAACCAAGAAUUAAGAAAUGGGUUGCUCCGUAAGAGUUUGUUGUGUCUUAUUUUUGGUGUUGUUGGUGGCAUGUGUUAGAGGGGAGGACCCUUAUAGAUUCUACACUUGGAAUGUCACAUAUGGAGACAUUUAUCCACUUGGUGUUAAACAACAGGGUAUUUUGAUAAACUGGCAAUUUCCAGGGCCACAAAUUGAGGCUGUGACCAAUGACAACUUGAUUAUCAAUGUAUACAACAGCUUGGACGAACCUUUCCUCUUAUCUUGGAAUGGAGUGCUGCAGAGGAGAAACUCGUGGCAGGAUGGAGUGUAUGGUACCAAUUGUCCAAUUCUACCAGGGCAUAACUUCACUUAUGUUCUUCAAGUGAAGGAUCAGAUAGGUAGCUACUUCUACUACCCUUCCCUUGCUUUUCACAAGGCAGCAGGAGGUUAUGGUGGAUUCAAAAUUGCUAGUCGCCCCGGGAUUCCAGUGCCUUUUCCUACUCCAGCAGGAGAUUUCACCAUAUUGGCAGGAGACUGGUACAAGAGAAAUCACACAGAUUUGAGGGCAAUUUUGGAUGGUGGAAGUGACCUUCCCUUCCCUGAUGGGAUUAUCAUCAAUGGUCGUGGUUCCAAUGCUUACACAUUCACAGUUGAUCAAGGCAAGACAUACAGAUUCAGGAUAUCAAAUGUAGGGCUCACCACUUCCAUCAACUUUAGAAUCCAAGGGCAUAAAAUGACAAUUGUUGAGGUGGAAGGGACCCACACUCUCCAAAACGUUUAUGACUCACUUGAUGUUCAUCUGGGGCAGACUUACUCUGUGUUGGUUACUGCUGAUCAACCACCCCAAGACUACCUCAUUGUCGUCACGACACGAUUCACCUCCCAAGUGUUGAAUGCUACCUCCAUUUUUCGUUACAGUAACUCUGGUGGAGGUGUUACUGGCCUUUUCCCUUGGGGGCCAACUAUUCAAGUUGAUUGGUCUUUAAACCAAGCUCGCUCUCUUAGGAGGAAUCUGACAGCAAGUGGGCCAAGACCUAAUCCACAAGGAUCAUACCAUUAUGGUUUGAUAAACACAACUCGUACAAUUAGACUUCAAAAUUCUGGUCCAGUUAUCAAUGGCAAACAGAGAUAUGCUGUCAAUAGUGUGUCCUUCAUACCUGCUGAUACACCACUUAAACUGGCUGAUUACUACAAGAUCCAAGGGGUGUUCUCCCUUGGAAGUAUCCCUGACUACCCCACUGGUAGUGGUGGCUACCUUCAAACUUCUGUCAUGGAAGCCGAUUUCCGAGGCUUUAUAGAGGUUGUGUUUGAGAACACUGAAGACACUGUGGAGUCAUGGCACGUUGAUGGCCACAGCUUCUUUGUAGUAGGAAUGGAUGGAGGGCAAUGGUCAUCAGCAAGCAGGCUAAAUUACAAUUUAAGAGAUACAGUUUCUCGUUCCACAGUUCAGGUGUAUCCCAAGUCAUGGACUGCAAUUUACAUGCCUUUGGAUAAUGUGGGAAUGUGGAAUGUGAGGUCUGAGAAUUGGGUUCAUCAGUAUUUGGGCCAGCAAUUUUAUCUUAGAGUGUAUUCCCCUGCAAAUUCAUGGAGAGAUGAGUACCCAAUUCCAAGCAAUGCUAUUCGGUGUGGCAAGGCUGUGGGACACUACUAAUGCCACCACCAAACCAACAUUGGGAUUUUUAUUUGAACAGUGUCAUUCAUUUCCAUUCAUGGCUUAACUCAAGCCUCUUCUCUUGUUCUCUUGUACCAUUAUUCAUGUUAUGAUGCCAUAGAUUAUUAUAGAGUUAUUGAUUUCUCCUGUCCUCUUCCUCCUCUCAUCUUCGUGUUAUGUCCAAAUUCAGCUAUAUAUAAGAUCAUCUGUGUUUGGAUUAUGAUAUUCUUCUUAUUUAAACUAUUUAUUUAUUUAAAUAGGUUCAAGGGACCUGAUGUUAAUGUGCCAUGGAAAUAAUGAGAUUGUUAUUAUUAUUGUUGUU